UCCCUCGGGGAUCAUUAGAUUCCUCUGUUGAUCUCACAUGUCCUCCUCUGCUUUUCUUAACAGGACCAGACCAAAAAGAAGAGAGAGAGAAAAUAAUAAAAAGGCCAACAAAUCAUUUAGCACUACCAUCUUGUCAUUUGGUACUCCCCAGCACUGCUUUCUUGGGCUUACCAAUAUUGGUGCAGUGCUGGAGAGGCAUAGAAUGUGAGCAAGGUGUUGGUUUUCCCUUCCACUAUGUACUUGUUCACCUCUGUGCCUCUUCUUCUAACUGGAAAGUUUGAGGCAAUUAGGAGGGGUUUGGUACCUUCUUGAGUUAUUGAUAUGAUAUUGGUAAAGGAAUCAUUUCUCCUGUACCACUGUGAAGGUUUUGAAGGGGGAGGCCUUAGUGUAAUGAUAUUUGGUUGCAUAUGAGUUGGAAGGAGACCAAGGUUGUUAUUCUGUAAUGAAAUUUUAAUGCAGUGAGAGGCUUCUGGUCCCAUGAAAGCUGGGCUGCGUGUGACUGGUAGAUAAUGAUUGGGUGGAAGUUUCAUAUAGGAAAUGUUGUAGGCUUACCACCUCAGAAUUGUAGGAGAUUGUUUAAAUGUUGCUUUGAGGCUCCAGAGGCUUGAACUAUAACUUCUGGACCUUUUUGCAAGCCUCACUCUUCGGCUCUAAUCCUACAAUUUGGCUUUGGAAAUUCCUUUUGGGAAGACUUUUGGGUUCUGCCUUCUUUUGUGGGGAGUUUUGGGUUCUGUCAGGGACUAUAUUUUGACUCUUCUGAGUUUUUGGGGUCUUGGGUAUUGGAGAAGUUCAGAAAAUGCCAGCAAGAUUCCUUCAUGCACCUGCUGACGAAAAUCCGGAGUUGCAGAAGCAAUUGGGGUGCGUAACUGGUAUCUUUCAAAUGUUGGACCGCUACAAUCUCUUCAAAGGAAGGCAUCCCAAUGGACACAACCAUAAGAGGUUUCCUUCAGGCCAUGCCAUUUUAAACAGCAGUAAUGGUGGAGCAGAUCGUAGUGCAUGUUCUACACAGAUUGUUCUGGAGAAAAAUCUCAGCAAGAGAUCGAAUAAGAACCAAGGUGUUUCAAUGGAGUCAUCAGGAACUUCUUUUUCAUCCUCAUCCUGCUCAUCAUUUUCCUCUCUAGAGUGUAAUAGAUCAACUCAAAAAGAGCCUUCCUCUACGGAUCAUCGAACUUUCUUAGAGAGAUCAAUAAGGAAUUCAGCUGGGUUGAAGAAUUCCGAUGUCGAUGGCAGAUCUAUUUAUUAUGAGUCUCUUAAUGACCCAUCUCAUGCAUCAGCUAAAUCUGGCCGCCAGUCUCUUGAUUUCCAAGAUGUUGUGAAGGACUCUAUCUACAGAGAAACUCGCAGUUUAUCAGUAAAAACCUCAACAAAGGAGGUGAAGAACCGGAUACUGAAGCACAGGGACUCCCCAAGGCCCAUGCAGCUAUCCAAGUCAGUAGACAGAUCUUAUGUGAUUGGCGUAGAUGGAAAAUCCACAUUACCUACUAAUCUCGAUGAAUCCCUUCAAGUCCUAGUGAAGCUUAAAGAAGCACCUUGGUAUUUCUCAGAGGCUAGUGAACAACCAAGAUCAACAUGUGAAGCAAAAGAUACCUCCUUUUUUCCAGUAUCAAGGGAAGCUCCACGGUUCUCCUAUGAUGGAAGAGAAAUUUCAUGUCAUUCUGUGGAUUCUCGAGAUGUCAGCAGGCCUGUCUCCAAAGAGCUUCCUAGGCUAUCCUUAGAUAGCAGGGAAGGUUCUCUAAGAAGUUCUAACUUUGACUUGAAACCAAACUCAAUUUUGAAGGAUUCAAACAGAAGUAGUAUCAACCGAGGAGUAUCUACAACUUCAAAUUUUCAGCAGGAAUGGGGGGGUUACAAGAAUCCUACCAGUGUCGUUGCGAAGCUUAUGGGCCUGGAACCAAUGCCCCACGAGGGCUUGGCUAGUCAGAAGCCAGUUAAUCUGACAGAAACUAAUACGAGCAAAAAUAAUGAUCCUUUCAAUGGACCAAGGAAUAGGAAUCCCAUAGCUGAGGCAUCACAAGCAACUCAAGAUAGCAGGAAGGAUCACCUCUUACACUCUCCAAAGAGCUCCCUUAAGGAUCCUGUCUCACAGUUGAAGAAGUCUGAUCCUGUCAUGAAUUCAAGGCUCCCAACUGAAACUGCACCCUGGAGACAGCAGGAAAAGAUCCACAUUCCCCAGAAAACAAAACUUGGAUACCGAGAAGCACAUUUGAAGCAGCAACCUGAGUCCGUGUAUAGUGAAAUAGAGAAAAGGCUAAAGGAGCUUGAAUUCCAUAAAUCCAAUAAGGACCUCAGGGCUCUAAAACAGAUAUUAGAUGCAAUGCAAGCAAAAGGGUUGUUAGAAAUCAAGAAAGGUGAAGAUCAGCAUUCUGAAGUAUCAGUUUCUGCGAACUAUAGUGGCCAAACUUCAGCUGAAUAUGAGCGCAAUUUCAAAUCAACUGAUACUCAUAACCUACAGAACACCCAGCCAUUUCCCACACUGAUGAAAGGAACCAAUACUCCAAAAGCUUAUGACUCUCCUAUAGUAAUCAUGAAGCCUGCAAAAUCUGUCAUCGAAUCAGGUGUUUUCGCUUCUUCAGCUAUUCCAUUGGAAGGCUUGUCAGGUCUUCAGAAACUUCAGACUAGUGAUUACAUGUAUAGAAAAAAGACUUCCACAGACAACAGGAGAGUCAAAGACCAAACUCCUAAGGCCAGCCCCUGGAAGCCUACUUAUCAGCCUCUUCUCUCCAUGGAUAAGAAAUCUACUAAGAAGACUGAAGAAAUUAGCAUACAGAAAACUCAUAUACCGAUUGAGCAGUUCUCAUCUAGGCACCAGCAUUCACCAAGGGAAAAUAAUGGAAGCUUAGUCAAAACUUCAGGUUCUCUUAGUCCAAGAAUACAGCAGAGAAAACUUGAAACAGAGAAGAGAUCAUGUCCCCUCUUUCCUUCUUCUGAAUCAAAUAAGCCCCAAAAGAAUUCUGCUAACAGACAAUCAGUGGAAUCAGUUUCUCCAAGAGGCAGACUUAGAUGGAAACCAGCUGAAGCGCCACAGAAUGAUGAUCAAUUGAGUGAUAUAAGCAGUGGAACGAGAAGUCUGAGUCACCCAGGCAAUGAUAUCUCUCUAAGCUCGGAGAGUAAUAUAAGCUUGGCAUCACAAGUGGAUAUAGAAAUAACAAGUGCUGAUAGGUCUGCAGUGAUGAAUCUUUCUUGCUUGCAGCAGGGCAGACGGAGUCUAUCAAGAAGGGCUGCCAAUAGUACAUCUUCAGUCAUAAAGCAGAAGUCCUCGCAUAGUCUGAAUGAAGAUGUUUCAUCUGUGGAGCCUGCAACUGUUGCUCCUGAACAGCCAAGCCCAAUUUCUGUCCUAGAUGCUUCAUUUUACCAGGAUGCCAUGCCACCUUCUCCAGUCAGCAAAACUCCAAAUACAUUCCAAGGAUAUGAGAUUCAACCUUCAGAGCAUCGCUGGAAUCCAAUGCCAUUGCCUGACAACUCAUCACCCAAGUUAAGCUCUAAGUUCAAUCACAAGAAGCUUGAGAACAUUGAGAAUCUGGUUCGAAAGCUCAGACAGCUUAGCUCGACUGAUGAUGAAGCUCCAGCCACAGACCACAUUGCAUCACUGUGUGAAACUUCGAGCCCAGACCACCGGUAUGUGUCUGAGAUACUCCUGGCUUCAGGCUUUCUAAUGAAAGAUAUCAGCUGUGGACCUGUGGGUCCAAUGAUUCAUCUCCACCAUUCAGGCCACCCAAUCAACCCUGAUUUGUUCCUUGUCCUUGAGCAAACAAAGUCAGGCUCAUUCACAACACUUGAGAGAGUUCAUGAAAAGAGCCUCAGGCCUAAGCCUGGGCCAGAGCAGCUUCAUCGGAAGCUCUUGUUUGAUUUGGUAAAUGAACUACUAAUUCAGAAGUUGGAGCUAACUGGUCCAAGCGCUCACCCUUACCCGAUGCUUCAAGCCAGGAGACCUGCUACCACGUUUCAUAGUGCUCAGGACCUGCUAAGGGAAUUGUGUUCUGAGAUUGAGAAACUCAAAGCGACAAGCGAUCGCUGCAAUGAUGACGGUAACUUGAUAUUGGGUGAAGAUGUGCUGCGGCAAUCAGAAGGAUGGAAUGAAUUCAGUGCAGAAGUGCCAAAUGCGGUGCUGGAGAUUGAAAGAUUGAUCUUCAAGGACCUAAUUGAUGAGGUUGUUAGCAGGGAAGGUGCAUCUAAAUUGCAAACAAAGGCAAACAGGCAGCACAGAACUAUUUGCUAAGUAGUCUAAUAAUCUUUUGUUAUGAUUUUUUAUUUUCACCUGACUUCCUAAGUUAUAAUAAUUCAUAAAGGAAAGGACUUUUCCUAUCCACAUAUUGUACAGAUUAUUUGGUGCAUAAUAUUUAAGCAUUACACUGAGGGCUGAUGGAA